GGGGCGGAGCUGCGGAGCUGCGGGCCGAGGCGGAGGCGGCCCCGAGGACCCUGGCUGGGCCGGGCGCGCGGCUCCGGGGCGCGGCCGGCCAGACGGGCGGCGCGCGUGGCCCAGGAGGGCGCGGUGGGGCGAGGUCCCGGCCGGCCGCGGGGCCAGGCCUCCGGCCCCGGCCCACCCGAUGCUGCCCGGCCCCUCGCCGGCCGGCGCCCGCCGGGCGUCCCAGUGGGUGGGGCCAAGCCCCGUACCUGGGCAGGACCCUCGGCUGAGCCCUCCCUCCCCUGCCGUCCUCCGCGCGGCGGGAACUCCGCCUGGGGCUCCGAGGCAGCGCGCCCCGCCCCGCCCGCACCCACCCCCUCGCCGCCCCGGUCGGCCCGCCCGCGCGGGUCGCCCUCCCCCAGCCCGAGGUGGAGGCGGACCUGCUGCGCCGGGAGCCCUGUGCCCACCCAGAACCCCUAACUUGGCCUGUGGCUCAUGGGAGGGGGCCGUCCUCGCUGGGCAGAGGGGCCGAAGCAGCGCGGCUUGCCUUCCGUCCACAGCGCCGUGGGGAAGACCUGCCUGCUGAUCAGCUACACGACCAACGCCUUCCCGGGAGAGUACAUCCCCACCGUUUUUGACAACUACUCUGCGAAUGUGAUGGUGGACGGAAAGCCGGUGAACCUGGGGCUGUGGGACACCGCUGGGCAGGAGGACUACGACCGGCUGCGGCCGCUUUCCUAUCCCCAAACUGACGUCUUCCUCAUCUGCUUCUCCUUGGUGAGCCCGGCCUCCUUUGAGAAUGUUCGAGCCAAGUGGUACCCAGAGGUGCGGCACCACUGCCCCCACACACCCAUCCUUCUGGUGGGCACCAAGCUGGACCUCCGUGACGACAAGGACGCCAUCGAACGGCUUUGGGACAAGAAGCUGGCGCCCAUCACAUACCCUCAGGGCCUGGCCAUGGCCCGGGAGAUCGGGUCCGUCAAGUACCUGGAGUGCUCGGCCCUGACUCAGCGGGGCCUGAAGACAGUGUUUGACGAGGCCAUCCGGGCUGUGCUCUGCCCACCCCCCGUGAAAAAGCCAGGAAAGAAGUGCACGGUCUUCUAGAGCCCGUGCUCGGGGGGCAGCCUCGGGGGGCAGCCCCGCCCCCUUCCCCCGUGUUGCUGUUGUGUUUAGUGUCCAGUGUCCCGGAGUCCGCUGUGGGGAGUGGUUGGGGUGGGGAGGGGCAAGAAGCAUGGGGCUGGGCUGGGGCAGUGGGGUCCUGGCCACUCUCCCCCCCUUUCCGGGGGCUGGGCUCCUGCCUUCCCUGACCCCCACAGGAGGCCAAGAGGGAGCAGGGUCUCCCUCAGGCUGCAGGGGUGGGUCCCGGGCAGCCCCAGGAUGGGCUUCCCCAAUGGGGGAGGGGGGGAGGGUUCUGUCCAUGAGCCCCAGAUGAGGCAGCCCUUUCUUAUUUUAUACAAUAAACAUUCUCCACCAACACCUCCUGCCUGCUG